GAUCCCGUGGUGCUCCUCGGCGUGCCUCGCUCUCUUCCGGUCGCGGGCAACCGGGGCGUAGAGGGCGGUCGCGGCGGGCACGGCGGGCGGCGGCGGGCCGGUGGCGGCAGAAUGUUGGCUACCAGAGUAUUUAGCCUAAUUGGCAAGCGAGCAAUUUCCACCUCAGUGUGUGUACGAGCACAUGGAAGUGUUAUAAAGAGUGAAGACUAUGCUCUCCCCAGUUAUGUCGACCGUCGUGACUAUCCCUUGCCUGAUGUGGCCCACGUGAAGAACCUUUCUGCCAGCCAGAAAGCCUUGAAAGAGAAGGAGAAGGCCCCCUGGAGCAGCCUCUCCAUUGAUGAGAAAGUUGAAUUGUAUCGCAUUAAGUUCGACGAGAGCUUUGCUGAAAUGAACAGGAGCACGAACGAGUGGAAGACGGUUGUGGGCGCUGCCAUGUUCUUCAUCGGCUUCACUGCUCUCCUCCUGAUCUGGGAGAAGCACUAUGUGUACGGCCCCGUCCCACACACCUUUGAAGAGGAGUGGGUGGCCAAGCAGACCAAGAGGAUGCUCGACAUGAAGGUCAGCCCCAUCCAGGGCUUCUCUGCCAAGUGGGACUACGACAAGAACGAGUGGAAGAAAUAAGAACCUGCCGUCCACGCAUCUCAACCUCACCUGUUCCGUCACCUCCAUGCAGCAGCAUAUUUACUGGAACCAUUAUGUCGUGAACCAGUGCUAAUAAAUGAGCAAUUUACGUGAAA